GAGAGAGAGAUGACAGAUGCAGCUGUGCAGUUUUUUCUCAAAAAAACUGACAAUUGGUUGAGCAGAGAAUUAAACUUACCUGAUAACAUCAGGGCAAGAAUCAAGAGCUUGAAAGACGAGCUUGGGAUUAUGAGAGCCGUUUUCAAAGACAUCGAUAAUCAGAGAGAGCAGCACAACCAAAUCCGGGAGUGGAUUCAACAGCUUCGAAAUGUAAGCUAUGAAAUCGAGGAUGUUCUCGAUAUAAGGGCAUAUCAAAAGUACGCUCGUGAAAACACGCCCUGGUAUCACAUAGGAUCAAGAAUUGGAAAUCACUCAAUUGCAGACUUGAUAGAAGGGAUUGAAGAAAACCUAGAAAACAUCAAAAGUCGAAAAGCUGCUUACGAUAUCAGAUUUCCGUCCCAUCGUGCUUCAACUUCAACUUCAAGUGAUUAUGAACGGGAAGGAAUUGCUCCUUUGUACACACCAGAAGUUGAAAUUGUGGGUGUCGAGGAACAAAGGCAAGAACUUGCUUCUUGGGUACUUGAUAUUGAACGGGCUUACAAGGUGAUGUUCGUUGUGGGAAUGGGUGGAUCCGGCAAAACUGCACUCGUCAAACUGGUGUACGAUCAGCUCAAGACUGACUUCGAUUGCCAUAUUUGGCUCACUGCUUCAAAGUCUGUCAACAGCCAAGAACUCCUCUCGAUCAUGUUAAGCAAAUUACGCACGGAAACAGCGAAUUCUCCUCAAACACUCCAGGAUCUUGUCAGCAUGCUGAAUAAUUAUCUGCGAGAUAAAAGGUACCUUAUAAUUAUUGAUGAUUUGUGGACUAUAGAAGUGUGGGAUGAUGUCAAGUAUGCAUUACCUAAAGAUAAAUGCAGCAGAGUUAUAAUCACUACGAGACGAGGUGAUAUAUCUUCUUCCUGUAGAGAAAGCUCGGUCGAUGUGUACAAGAUCCAACCUUUGUCUUUUGAAAAGGCUCGAGAGCUCUUCGAGAGAAGAUGUCUGUUUCCUUCAGCAACAGGAACGCGUUUGUGGGCUGAAAAAAUCUUGAAAAGAUGUGAAGGGCUGCCACUUGGGGUCAUUGAAAUCGGAAAAGCUUUGUCAAACAGAUAUAAAAGUGAAUCCGAGUUGAAGAAACUACACGACAGUCUACAAGCAGAGCUUGCUUCAAGUUCAGGUCAACUGUCAAGCAUUAGAAGGGCACUGAUGUUGAGUUACGAUGAUUUGCCGGACCAUCUUAAAUUCUGCUUUCUGUACAUGACCAUGUUUCCGGACGAUUACUCUGUGAAGCGAAGAACAUUGAUUAGAUUGUGGAUAGCCGAAGGUCUUGUAGAGAAAGAGAAUGGCAAAGAAGUCGAAGAUAUUGGAGAAAAGUACCUCGAAGAGCUCAUGGAGAGGAACUUAAUACAGGCAAGUGAAUCGGACUUUGAUGGAAGGCCGCAAACUUGCCGACUCCAUAGCCUUAUGCACAAGAUUGCUCUUUCUAAAUCAGCAGAUGAGAAUUUCUGUACGGUUUGGAAAGAUCCUAAAGGUGAUAUUUCAAAGAAGACGCGAAGACUGUCAGUCCAGAGCACCGAAUUCGAUAUGCGAAUCGAAAUGCCAUGUUUCCCUCGUACCUUAUUCACAUCAAGCUUUUGUCUGAAGACGGCACCACGCAUUGGUUCCAGCUUGAAGCUACUGAAAACACUGCAUUUGGACGGUGCAUCCGUGGACACAUUUCCUAAAGGAAUCGAAAAGCUCUUACUACUGAAGUAUUUGUGCUUGAGCAACACAAGAAUCAAGAUGGUCCCUGUGUCCAUUGGUCGAUUGCAGCACCUCGAGACCUUAAAUCUCAAGCAAACAUUUGUGACAUCAGUGCCGGACACAUUGACUAAUCUGACAGAACUCCGACACUUGCUAAUUUGCCGUUACAAUUAUGAUCGUUUGCAGCUCCUCGAUGAGGUGAAUGGAUUCAAAGUACCAACCGAAAUAAGCAAAUUAACUCAUCUGCAAAAGCUAUCAUUUGUACGGGCAGAUAGUGAUGACAGAGUGAUUCAGGAGUUGCGAAAUCUGAAGGAGCUCAGGAAGCUAGCGAUUAUUGAUUUACCAAGAGACAGUGGUCCGAUUCUGUGCCAAGUCAUUCAAUCGUUAAGGAAUCUUCAUUCCUUGAGUAUGACGUCACUGAAGAGGGAAGAAACUCUAAAAAUUCAAGAAAUCAACAACCCGCCUCAACUCCUUCAACGUUUGUAUUUGAAAGGGCACUUGGAGAAGAUGCCACGCUGGAUCUCCAAACUUCAUGACCUUGUUAGACUACGUCUUAAGCAGUCUAGGCUGAGACAAGACAACAAUCCCAUCACAAUUCUCGGGGAACUUCCUAAUCUGUUGGAGCUCCAGUUGCUAGAUGCCUACACAGGAGUCCAGUUAGAUUUCGAAGUUGGAACGUUUCUGAAGCUAAAAGUACUAGAGUUCGAUCAAAUGAAAGAGCUGACAGUAAUCAUUAUUGACGAGGAGGCAUUACCGUGCCUUGAGAAACUCAUAAUAAGCCGAUGUCAGAGGUUGAGGCAUAUCCCAGUAGGCAUUGAGAACGUCACUCAACUCAAAGAGCUCCAUUUGGGUCACAUGCCGCCUCAUUUUAUCGAACCGCUUAAAAGAAAUGGUUCAAUGCGACAACUUGUUCAACAUAUUCAAAAGAUCGACUCCAGGAAUCAUCACGGUGCAUUGGAAGAUCUGUCAUAGAAUCUGAAAUUGGUAUGGAUUAGUGAAGAAUCUUUAUAGAAAGGGGAACAAGUUUCAAGACAGCUGUGUUAAAUUACAGUCCGAGACGGUUGAAUUGGUGAGAUUAGGAGCUGAAAAUUGAAACGAAGUUCUCGACUCAGUAGAUUUGUGAUUCGAAUUUUUUAAAUAUUAAAGCAGUGUUUUUCAUUUUGAAUCAAAAGAAACUCGAUUUUCAAAAUUUCUGAUUUUCUUUUGGAUCGUAGUGCAAUAUAAAUGAUAUUUCAAUUUUCGUUU